CUUAGUGAAGAAGUGGUUAAAAUCAAGUUUGGUUAUAGUAGUUGGUGAUGAGGCCAAGAGGAUUAGGAUGAUUCUUUUGACCUUUCUUGAUCCAAAUGCACUCGAAGAGGUGUGUAGAGAGGAUGGAUUUAGAUACACAAGAUCAUAUUAUGAUAUAUUAGGAAGAAAAAAAGAGUUGUUUAAAUGGGAGGAUGUACGGAAAAUGAGGCACUCAUGGAAUGUGAUUUUCGAAGUUAUGAGGCUAUUGCCGCCUAUAUACGAUGCAUUUAGAGAGGUUAUAGUCUAUUUCACCUAUGUAGGUUACACUAUACCCAAAGGAUCAAAG